GCCACACAGGUGUCCACACACUUUUGGCCAUGUCGCUGAGCGCGUGUGUUGUGAUUUUGGUGAACUGAGCCUUUAUCGUAGAAAGUUCCAGGGUUGUUUGGGCUUUUGCAGUGAAGAUGAGAAGAGUGGGAGGUGAAGGGUGAGAAGGAGGGCAGGCUGGGGUGAGGUGGGCGAUAAAAGAGGCAGAGGGGGAGGAGGGAGGACAGAUGAAGCGCUUACAGAACGAAAGCGGUUGCGUUUAAACUCAACAGUUUCUCAGCACACAGCGAGCAGCGCCUCCUCCUCUUCUUCCCCCUCCUUCAUCCUCCGUGCAUCCAUCCUCCUCCUCCUCCGUUCCUCCUCUCCAUGCCGGCGGAGGUCUCCGCGGGGCUGCCAUGGCGAAGAUCCGGGUGUCGUACGAGUACUCCGAGGCCGAGGACAAGAGCAUCCGGCUGGGCUUGUUCCUGAUCGCCUGCGGGAUCCUCAGCCUCUUCAUCCUGGGCUUCUGCUGGCUCAGCCCGACCCUGCAGAGCCUCCAGAGCAAGCCGGCCAACUGCACGGUGAGCCCGGCUGCCAGCUCCGAGCUGCCACCGCCGCUGCUGCCGGAGCCGCCGCCGUACAAGGAGGUGGUGUCGGUGUUGCGUCCGGAGGAGAUGUUCGAGUGCGUGUUCACAUGUGGAGCAGACUGUAAGGGAACGUCGCUCUACCCCUGCCUGCAGAUCUUUGUCAACAACUCCGAGUCCAACUCUGUGGCUCUGCUGCACUUUGAUGAGCAGCAGCUGGUCCUCAACCCAAAGUGUUCGUUUGUGCCUCCGUGUGAGAGGGACAACCAGAAGAACAGAGACAGCGUUCUGUGGUGGGAGGAUUACUUCACCAAAGAGGUCAACAGCCAGUCGUUCAUCUGCUUCUUCAACCAGCAGCGGCGGCCCGAUGACGUGUUGUGGCGCCGUUCCCAUGACACCAGUGUCCUGUUACACUGUGUUCUUUGGCCAAUGGUUUCCCUCCUUCUGGGCACACUCAUUGUGCUCCUGACGGUAUGUGCUCGCUCCCUGGCUGUUCGAGCCGAGGCCCUCCAGAAGAGGAAGUGCUCCUAUGAGGUCUGCCAAGACCUGUCUGCCAUGCCACCUGACCGCUGCGGCAGCAAGGCCAGAGACCCACUCACGACAAACUCUGACCCCGAGCUGUCAUCGCCCUCAAGGACCCUGCCGCUGUUUGCGGUCCCAGUGCGGCGCAGAGAUCGGGAACAUUAGAGCGAGCAGAAAGAUGUUUCUUCAGCAUGAAAUCACUAAGAAUGCCAAUGAGCCGGUGGGCGAAGUCGACUAAAUGGCUAAAGACGCCACCAACAACCCAUUGCUGUCCGGACUGGUUGGUAUGAUCAGAAUGUUUGAAUGAGGUGAAGAUGAGGGGAAAUCCACUAUUGCCUAUAGAUUUCAGCGGGAAGACUGUACAAAACUUCAGACUUUUUCCUGAUUUUAGCUUAAAGUGGAUCAGUGGAAAUCUUCUGACUAGCAAUGAAAGGCUGUUUAAAUGAGGGUAGUUGGCGUUGGGUACUGAUAGCUGGUUCUACUUUGGGUCUGGUUUCUAGUCAUCAAGAAACCCAGACUUAUUAAGUUCUGGUGUUUUAAGGGUCUCUUAUCAAGUAUCUUUAUCUGUUAUACUUGUUCAGUCAUUUCAGCUUACAUGUGAGCUCCAAUAUUUGGAUUAGAUGAUUUGUUAUAGACCAGCUAUAUAAAUGAGUUUAUUCCAACUAUUAAAUGGGAAAAAUCUGUAUUCAUCAGAGAUCUUUCAGUGAUCAUCCAUCAGUUUCUGGCUUCGUCCAGCAGCAGCUAAUCACAUAUAGAACAAUAUAUGUUCGAGAUAUUCUGGGAAUGGGCUAAAAGUUAUUUAAAUUUAACCAUCUCCAGUUCAGAUUAUUGAACUGGAAGUCCCAUUAUGACCACUUAUACUUUUGCCUCAGCGAUGAGAGCUGGAUCUCCUCCAAUCUCAAAACGAUAAACACUGAUCUUAAUUUCAAUUUUAGGAAAGUGGACAAAGUUGGAUUGAGGUGAGUCCGGCAAAUACACUGUUGUAAGAAAAUGAUUGAGAUCAGCCAAAUUUGAAUCAGGUAGGGUUUUUGAUUCUUAGAAAUUUUUGACACCUUGUGCUGAUCUUUGACUUGUGUUUUUAAGUUGUAAUACAAAGGAUGAAAGCUGAGAUUCUAUCGGAGAUUCAGAUUUAAUAGGAUGCUAUCAAAGCCCAACCCAAACCCUCGCGCUGUGAUUGAUGAUGCAGUCAGGACAGGACAAGCAUAAGGACUGACACUUGGGAAGUAACUGCUCUUCUGUAGCUCUCUUAUUAAUGUAGUUUCCCUUCAAGUCCCAGUAGCCAUGAAUGUUUCUUAACAGAGGUGCAAAGUCCUGAUGUUACCUUCAGGAUUGUCUCUGCUCUUCUAGCUUGUGCAACUCAAGGCAGUCUUUUGCUGAGAGUUUCUUUCAUCAGUCUUCUAACAAAUGAGACUUCAUAUUACAUAUGUGAAGAUAAAUGGUUGUCUACUACAGCACUUUUAUAGUACAAUUUGAACCCUAUAGGAGCUUAGCAAUGAUUUUGUUUCGUUGAAAAACGUUUUUACCAGCACACAGCCACAACUGUUGUUUUCUCUUUGACUUGUAUCAAUGGUCAUAGAAAAUAUCUGGAUUGUUUAGUUGUCUGUUGUGCUCUUGGUUGUUUUCUCGGGGGGGUUGUGCAAGAUGUUUUUAACCUCGUAACAUCUGCCAGGUCACUAGUUUAGGUUCACAUCAACUUUUCCUUGUAAUUUUCACCUGUUUUGCAUACACAAAUGGACAUAACUGAAGAACUGUAAGACUGACAUUUAAAAGGUAACAACUCUAGUUUCUGAAGCCCAUAUAACCCUAAAGUAGGGGUCCCCAACUCCAGGCCUCGAGGGCCGGUGUCCUGCAGGUUUUAGAUCUCACCCUGGGUCUAUACACCUCAAUCAAAUGAUUAGUUCAUUUCCAGGCCUCUGGAGAACUGCAAGACAUGAGGAGGUAAUUUAGCCAUUUGAAUCAGCUGUGUUGUAUCACGGACACAUCUAAAAACUGCAGGACACCGGCCCUCGAGCCCUGGAGUUGGGGACCCCUGCCCUAAAGUUUACACUAAGAGGUUUGCCAGGUACCUGGUGGAUAUUAGAAGGUUAAAUCCAGUUGGUUAAAACAGUCUUGGAAUAUUCUGGAAAUACUUUCAGAGUCAGAGUUUCCAAAGACCUUUUUGAAAGGUCGACUGGUGUGGGUUUUUCUAACAUUUUGGCUGCUCAGCUCUGUGACUGGAUUUUAAGGUAAAAAGUGAAGAGGUGAAAAAUAUAAAGAGCCAGUAAAAGGCAAAUGGACAGGUAUUUUUAAAUCAAUAUUUGGAAUUCAAUUUAAAUAAUUAAACCUGCCCUAUUAAUUUAUGUAUUCAAAUACACUGGUGACUCAUCAGAGUGCCCAUUAGUGGAUCCUAUUGCUUCAGGGACUCGAAUCCUCUACAGGGUUGACGAUGCAAGAGCUCUUUGAACCGUGAAGGUGUUGGCAGACAGCAGGGAGCUCAGCAGAAACAACCACAGCUAAUGUUACUGACAACGUUACCCUUCAAGUCGCACCCAAAGAAAGACAAAGUUCAUGUGUUCAGCUCAGUAAAAUCAGCUGCACCACAGUUUCCCUUCAAAGUAGAGUGUAAAAGAGACCAGGCACCUGCAAGUCAGUUAUAACUUUUUUUACUUUAAGAUAUAAAGCAUCCUGAAGCAACUGACAGAUUACUUUUAUCUUGUAUAGCAUAUUUGAUACUAUAUAAUUAAAAGUGAAUGUUGGAGGUAGAACAUUCUGUGGUCUAAAUUUGGCAAUUUAUUAUUUCCUCUAACUGGGCUGAAACUGCCCUAAUUAUGUCAAAAGAAAGAUGUUAAAAGUGCUGUCCCAUUUCACUGAGCCAGGUUUCCAUCCAGUUGAAACCAAACCUAAAGCAAAUCAUGAAUGAAUCAUGAGUUUGUUCAUCAAACUGCACGUGGCUUUAACUUACCGGUCAGUACCAUUAAAAUAAUAAGACACAAGGCAAAAGCUCAAAAGGUGGAAAUGUAAAGUACACUUUUUCUAUUAUUAUUAUUAUUGUUGUUGUUGUUGUUAAGGUUUUCAAUCCUUCUAUGGACAUUGAAGUGGUGUUUCAAGUACAUCAUAAGUUUCUUUAAUUGAAAUAUCACCAAUUUUGUCAUAUUUUGGUGAUUAUGGAUUAGACUACUAGUUCUUAAUGUUUUUUAGUCUUCAAUCCUUCUAUGGACAUUGACGCUAAACACCAUAACUAACUAUUACUCUAUGAAAAAUAUCCAUAAAUGGAUAACUUUAGAUCCCAAUGUUAUCUACAGGACUGCAGUUGUCGGUAUAGGGGUUCUGGCCCAUUAAAACUGCAUUUUAAAGCAUUUAGAAGUAGAAUUCUACUUUAAUUUGUGCCACAUUGUUCACUUUUCAAUGCUUCAAAACAAAGCAAAGCAUCAGUAAGUCUAAUUAGGAGGACAAUAACAAGGUUGUAGUGGGAUGUUAAACAGACGCGUUGUUGCUUGGUAAACACUCCAAGGUAAAAAAAUGACACAUGCCCGUGGCCUGGGGUUCCCUCCACAUGCUGUCUUCAGAAGUAAUGAGGACAGAAUCUAGACCAUGUGAGUAAAGUGUGCGGGUGCUCGGGGGAUUCUCUGUGCUGCAGAUGGUUUCGCUCGGCUUCAACCCUGAUUGUACAGGCAGGAAAAACCUCUGAGCUGACAGCUAAGGGACAGGAGGCUUAUAGCUUGUACGCUAUACAGGUACCCACAGAGGCAGUAUGUAACGCUUCCACAGAAAUGUCUCACAAAAUCUUCUUAUUGGUUCCCAGUCAUAAUCAGCUUGUGAAAAUUUAGAAAUAUUCAAAUGUACCAAGGAGCACUACAAUAAAUUCCAGCUCAAAUAAUUUCUUUUUUUGAUUUCCUGGACGAUGAAUGUCCAUCCUACUAUCCAUUCUCUUCCGCUUAUCCAGCUCAGGGUCAGAGACUAGUGUGCAGCUCGGUGCCCUAACAGAGAUACACUACACAAAAAGAGGCACCGGGCAAACGUUCAAACAUUGUUGUAUCUUAAAUAACAGUUUUACAAAUUGGCGAAACAAGAGUUAGAGGCUUUUUCAGUGAAAGUUUUAAUCCUCCUUAACAGUCCAUAACAUUUAGGAUCUAAAUUAAAUAAAAAUACUUAAGUUAUUAUGUAUCAUAUUAUUAUGUGUCAUACACAUGCUAAUACUGGAUCAUAAGGAAGGAUUUAUUUGUGUGUAUAAAAUUUUAAUGUUGCACUUGGUAUGAUUUAUGUUAAUUUGAAGGGCCACCUGAGUAUAGCAAAGUAUGUAAGUUAAUUAAGUGUUAUUCUUUUAUCUUUUAUUUCUCGAGUCAACAAAAGAAUCGGAAGUUUAAAAAUUUUGGGAGCAGUAAACGUCUUAGCCUUGUGUGCCACAGGAGAUUUUGAGACUUGAAAGUCGGCCUUUCAAUUCAAUUCAAUUCAAUUUUAUUUAUAUAGCGCCAAAUCACAACAAAAGUCGCCUCAAGGCGCUUUAUAUUGCGAGCAGGCCUGCAGUGCGAGAGCGAAGUGCUCUAAUAGGGUGAUAUGGUACUACAAGGUCAUUGAGAUAAGAUGGGGCCUGAUUAUUUAAGUUUGUUUUUUUUUUUUUUCCAGAGGGAGACGGUUGCUUUAUUUAAAACUCUACAGUAAAUACAGGUACAUACACAGUAUGUUUAAAAGCUUCGCUCCACCGAGCAUUCAGCACCGAGUGAAACAUGCAGUCGUGUGCUGACGUUCAGCUUUGAAUUUGCAAGUCUGGAAAUGGCUGAUCUAUACAGCAUCAUAUUUAAGCAGAAUUAUGUUUCAAAUUUUGCAAAAUAAGAAAUCACAAACACUUGUUUUGAAGGCAUCUGCAAUUCCUUUUAUGAUUCGUGAUGACGUUCCUCCAUGGCAGCAGUUGGCACCCCACGUCACGUCCUGUGGAAACGGCAGCCAUGUUUGGUGGUGCUGAAGCGUCUCUGCUUUUCUCAGUAAACGGUCUGCAAACUGUAACGAUGCUGAGCAGCAGACAGCAGGUGGUUGAGAAGCUGUAGGGAGUUUUAAUUUGAAUAUCUUCACAGCUCCCACAUGUUGGCGAAGACAUUGAAGUAGCUUCUCCAUCUGGAUCUGUUCAAGAACGAUCAAUGUGAAACAUGUUUCAGGAAGUCUGCAGAGCUGCUUGGACAUGUGAUGUUUGGUUUGCACAGCUGUGUUUGCCUGGUGUUGCUGGUAUUUGUGACAGUUGCUGAGGGAAGAGUUUAGACAAAAAAUUAAGUGUUUAAACAUAUUUAAGCUCAUCUCCAGAAACGUUCUGGGUAAAAUUACUUAAUUUUCUGCCAAGCAGCAGAGUUAACAAUAGACCUGCAAUCACGAAGUGUGAUUCAUCUUGUAUCAGGGGGAGUUUUUAAUCAUCAACUGUUGUUUCCAAAUGUCUACCACCGCCUUUCAAACAUGCUCAGCAGUCUAAAUUUGACCCUGCUUUAAGCAAUAUUUUGCCAAGCUGUUCUCUGAGCGAGUGAGCUGUUAUUGUCCUGUCAUCUCCUCCUCGGGUUCAGCUAGGAGACUGCCAUCAUGUUUCAUUGUAAACUUGAAUUUUGCUGCUGUAACACAUUUUAUUCACAUCACUUUUCGUGAGAACGUCUAUCCUGUCUUAGAUUUGUGUUGACUGUUGGACACCUUUUAACCGUUCCUUAAAAAAGCCUGAGAGCAUGAAUGUACUGUUUGUUUAAUACGUCAGAUUCAUAUCUGAUUGUUCUUUGUCUUCAUCAGUGAUCUUUGUGCAAAAUUCUAAUUUAUUCACAAGCGGCAGUUCCUCUAAUGUCCACUUGAGGCUCCAAAAAUGAGAGUCUGUCUCAGUUGCAGCACAAUGACCCAAAUAUGUGUGUAUGAUGAGGGGAGGCUUUAAUUUCUGAUCUUAAGAAAACUGAACAGCUGUGAAAAAAGCUGAAAGUCCACAAACCUGAGAACAGCGGUGGGACUUCUCAGUCUGGUGACCCAUGAGAAAUCAGAAGGUUACCCCUGAAAUUAAUUAAUACCAAGCAAGAAUUCAGUUUAUUCUCUGUAUUUUAAUUGUAGAAAGACCUUUUCUCUCAACAAAAAUUCAUUUGAAGUCAUCGUCACACUUAAGGGACAACACAUGUCUGAAAAGUAAACCCAACAUGGAAGUACCAAAAGCUGCAGUUCCUUUAACGUCCAGCAGGGGCUCCAACAGUUGGUCAGUACCCAUAGACUCCCAUAUUAACACUUUACAACAGAAAUAAACAUGUUUACAGCCUGAUACAAACACUGAAUUGGCCUUUAUACUCUAUUCACCCUUUAGUUUGUAACUCAUCUGUUUAAAUUGUAUUAAGGUUUAAAGUUUGCAUUACCAGACUGUCUAAAGAAGCUACUUAAUGUAGCUUGCCAACAAGCUAGCUCGCGUUGGCUAAUAACAUAUCCAAAGAUGGUACUUCUGGUUCUAGAAACAAGAUUAUACAUAUAGCACCUUAGUGUGCCACCACAUUUCAAAAUCGAGUUGAACCAUCUGAUGCACACUGUCUGUCUGAUGCUCUUCAGAAACCUGUGAAGAAAAACAAGCUUUUGUGUUCUGGUGUCCUGUGUGAGACACCCGUGACCCUAACACACUUUCUUUCUAGCACAGGAUGUCUGGUUCCCAUGGGCACUUCUCUGGAGUGCUUCCUCAGGGAGAGUGGUCCAUCCUAAUCCUCUCAUUAAGAUAAAAAGUCUGAGCUUGGCUGGGCUAAUGUUCUCCAGACCGCUUAGGGAACCAUAAACACCAGUUUACAAAGAUAUUGUGUCAGUCAUUUAAACAUGUAGGGGGAAUAACCACAGAUCCAGUCACAGUGAGAAUGAACAGUUUGACUCCAUGAAUGUAGAGAGGCAGAAACAGGACUGAGUGAUGUAGCGUCAUUAAAACAUAAUCAGUGCCUGAAGGAGUCAAUCAAAAGUCAUCAAUUCUUUACCUUUUCUGCUUCUUUGACCCUUUCUUCUAUUUGUACAGCUGCUCCUUUUAAUACUUGUCCUUUCUUGCUUGCUUGCCUUGUUUUUGCCACUUUUAUCAUUUUAAUUCUUCUGAUUCUCUCAUCUACUUUCUUUCUGCCCUUUUCUCCAACAUUUUCUCUUUCCAUUAUGCUGUUGGAUAAAAACUUUCUAAAAAAAGCAAACAAACUAAGGGAUGUUUAUGUGAAAGAAAAUUUGUGCACACUUUGAAUCUGUUUCUACCGUUAGCUCCUGUUUUUCUUCUUUAACACCAUUAAAACUUCCUUAUAAUCCAGGAUCCAGCUGUUUAAAAGCCAUCAUGUCAUCAAUGAAUUUCAUUUGUCCUCUCCAAAGAAAAUGUAGCUUUUGUAGCAUUUCUGUGUAUUUUCGUGAGACUUGAUGAGGUUUUAUUGUCUCUGUCUGAGGUCUCCAUGUUAGAUUUUCUAUCUAAAGCCAUAUGCUAAGCUGUGACCUGCAGUAGCAACUAAACGCUGUAUUUAGCUUCUUCACACAGGCAAACGUUUCAUUUCAUUCUGACAGAUGUUUCGGUUUUAAUCCACAAUGUAACAGUCAGUGACUGAAAGGUGGAUGAUGGUUAAAUGUUUUAGUUCUUCAUUGACUGUUUCUCCAUAAUUAUUCUCGGUGUUAUUCUAAUGACUGUCAAAUCAUUUCUGUUUUUUGUGUUUGGAUCAUGCCUUUGUACUAAGAACUGUGUUGUCUGCAGGUAUCUUGUCGUCUCUCCAUCUUCUUUGAACCUCAGCACUGUAUCAUGUGACCCAGGUAGCCGCUUCGCCCGUGUUUUCACGAUAAAAAUGAUAACUAUUGUGCCUCAUAGAAAUCUUUAAAUAAAAACAAACUUUUUGUCUUCAAA